AUGCCGGUUAAAAAUGGUGGACUUAAUCCAAAAAUUGACUCUUCAGAUACGGUUGCUCCUAUGGAGAAAUUGUCACCCUCUCAACCUUCUCAGCGAAGGUCUCCACGGAAUGGAAAUCAGAUAAAACUCACUAGUAUGUUUAUAUGCAAAAGGAGUAGGAGUCCAGAGAGUCCAGAAGACAAAAAUCCUAAGAAACAAAAAUAUGAGAAAGAGGAAACUAAAAUAAACAAUGACUUAGGUAAAGGUGAAGAUAAAAAAUCAGAUACUCCCAAAGGCUGUGUAAUAUUAGGGGACAGUGAUACAAAAAAUGUAGAAAUAACAAACAAAUCUGAAGACACCUGCCUAAAACAGGAAUUAGAGAAUGUCCUUACUAUAGAAACAAAUACAUUGAAUUCUCAGAAUAAUGAGGAUAUUCAAAGUUUAAAACCUGUGGGUAAUGGAAACAGCAUUGUCAUUAAAAACAAUAAUGAAGAACCUAACUCUAAAGACAUGCCAAUAAAUAUGUUUGAUAUGGAAAAGUGUCACAUAUGUAAUCAAUUUUUGAAUAACUCUGAUUUAAUAUAUUACCAAGGUCAUCCACAAGAUGCUGUAGAAGAAUAUAUAGCAUUAACAAAUGAGAAACUUGUUUUAGCCUCAGGUGAUGAAGGGGAUAUAAUGGAAAGACCACAAACCAAUAUAACCAGUUUCUCUAUAUUUGAUGAACAAGGACACCUGUGCCCUAUUGAUGGGGGCCUAGUGGAAAAUGACAUGCGCAUUUAUAUGUCAGGAUACUUGAAGUCUAUUUGUUCAGAUACUAUAGAUAUUGAUGAAGAAUCUGUACCUGUGAAAGACGUAGGUCCUAUUAUUGAAUGGUUCAUACAUGGUUUUGAUGGUGGAGAUAGGAAUUGUAUCACAUUGUCGACGGAAUUUGGCGAGUACAACUUAUUAAAGCCGAGUGAGCAGUAUACACCUCUAAUGAAUAAUCUCUAUGAGAAAAUUUGGUUAAGUAAAGUUGUUGUCGAGUAUUUAGAAGAGUAUCAUUAUCUUCAACCAACAUAUGAGGACUUGCUAGAAGUUAUUAGAGAAUCUUCCAUUCCGGAUCUCAAUUAUAUGAAAAUGACUGAAGAGAUGCUCCACAAGCAUGCACAAUUUGUGUGUGAUCAAGUUCUGAGUUUAGAAGCUGACGAAGAUGAUGAUCCAUUAAUUACUUUACCUUGUAUAAGGGAGUUGAUUAAAUUAAUGGGUAUUAAAUUUGGUAAACGUAAAUAUCGUACAAAAAUUGAUUUCAAAAAAGUCGACAAAAAAGCUUGGACGAAGGCAACCACUACGCCUCUCGUUAGGAAAACGUUUGAAAGCUUUUUUACGAAUCAGCUAGAUAAAACAAAUCAUGAGCUAGUGUUGAGGAGAAAGCGAUGUGGCAUAUGCGAAGCGUGUCAAUUGCCUGAUUGUGGCGAAUGUAAUGCUUGUCGAGCAAUGGCUAAGUUCGGAGGACAUGGUCGUACUAAAAAAGCUUGCGUUAGAAGAUUUUGUCCCAACAUGGCAGUGGAACAAGCUGAAGAUUCCGAUCCUGAUGAUGAUGAUGAGUACCAAAAUAUGGUCGACAAAAAGCAACAAGACAUUAUUGAAGAUGCAGUGCCAGUAAAAUUGACUGGAUCCAAUAACAGAAGUAUAAAAUGGAUUGGAGAACCCAUUAAAGCAGAUGCUGCUAAGAUCUAUUACGAAAAAGUCGAAAUCGAUGGCUCCGAACUGUGUAUUGGAGAUUUUGUUAUGGUAGAAACAUCCCAAUCAAAUAUUCCUGCUCUUGUUGCUAGAGUUGUUUACAUGUGGAAGGAAACAAUUAAUUUGAAAGGUGGGUAUUUCCAUGGAGAAGUAUUCAUUAGAUCCUCUGAUACUGUUUUGGGUGAAGUAGGCGAUCCUAGAGAAGUAUUCUUAGGUGACAGAUGUUGCCAUGGUGCUCCUCUGUCUUCCAUACUAAGAAAAGCCUAUGUUGAAAAGAAAGAAACAUCUACAAACUGGUUCAAGCUGGGAGGUAAAGAAGUAGAUGAAAAACACGUCGAAGAUGACGGUAAAACAUAUUUUUAUACUAAAUAUUAUGAGAGAUUUACAGCACGAUUUGAGGACGUUCCCGAAGAUCCGAUUUGCCCUAAUCAGUUAAGAAAACAUAGAUUUUGUCCAUCUUGUGAACGAAAAACGAGAAGGGAUGCUAAAAACAUUCCUAAAGUUUCUGGAAAAUUAAUGGAAAAAUCUGACUUUAUAACUGAAUCAAACAGCACGGAGUGGACAUCGGUGAGGUGGCAAGACUUUGAAUACAAGAAGGGCUGCGGAGUGUUUCUUAAACCGGGUACAUUUAAGUUUAAAAAUAAUCUUAUAAUCUCAGAUGAAAAUCCUAAACCUAAAUUAGAGAACAUUGAUGAAAAUACUUAUCCUGAAUACUACCGAAAAAGUGAUAAUAAUUUGCGUGGAUCAAAUGUAGAUACUGGCGAACCAUUUUGCGUGGGGUACAUUGCAGCCGUGACAGCAAUAGGUGAAGGACCACUUAUUGUACCACAAGAUAUUUAUCUUAAAAUAAAUGUUCUUUAUAGGCCUGAAAACACCACAAGUCGAUUUCCACAACAAGAAGACGUUAAUGUUGUUUAUUGGAGUGACGAAAUACUUGAUGUAUCAUUUUCUGCAGUUGUAGGCCCAUGUCAGUUAAUCUAUGAACAAAACAUUCCUCAAACGAAUCUCCUCCAUGAGUGGUUAGAGAAAGACCCAAGUAGAUUCUAUUUUAGAAUGGCUUUUGAAAAAGCCUCUGGUCAAUUUAAAGCUGUACCACAGCAAGCAAUGAGUGUCGGACGUAAAGACAGGGGUAAAGAUAAAGGAAAAGGCAAAGGGAAAUCUAGUAAACCUGUAGAUGUAAGUGAGCCGAAAUCUGAGAAUAUUGAAGUUAGACCCUUGAGAACUUUAGAUGUAUUUGCUGGAUGUGGUGGACUAUCCGAAGGCUUACACAGCGCCGGUAUCGCCGAAUGCAGAUGGGCUGUUGAAAACGUUGAAGCUGCUGCUCACGCUUAUGCUCUUAACAAUAAAAACUGUAUAGUAUUUAAUGAAGAUUGCAAUGCGCUUCUUAAGAAUGUGAUGUCUGGGUCCACGCAUAGCGCUGGCGGGCUCAGACUCCCGAUGCAAGGGGAGGUCGAACUACUGUGUGGCGGACCACCAUGUCAGGGCUUCUCUGGAAUGAAUAGAUUUAACUCAAGGGAGUAUUCCAACUUUAAGAACUCUCUAGUAGCCUCCUACUUAUCUUACUGUGAUUAUUAUCGUCCAAAAUAUUUUAUACUCGAAAAUGUUAGAAACUUUGUGGCAUUCAAAAAAGGCAUGGUACUAAAACUGACCCUGAGGGCGUUGUUAGAUAUGGGAUAUCAGUGCACUUUCGGAAUUUUACAGGCUGGCAAUUAUGGUGUACCACAGACCAGAAGAAGGCUUAUUAUUUUUGCAGCAGCACCAGGGUUUAGUUUACCGUUAUAUCCCGAACCGACACACGUUUUCAGCAGACGUGCUUGCUCCUUGACCACCACAAUAGAUGGCAAACGUUUCGUUACCAAUAUUCACUGGGACGACGCUGCCCCUCGGCGAACUUGUACAAUACGGGACGCAAUGAGCGACCUGCCCCAUAUAAGCAAUGGGGCCAAUAAAAUAGAAAUCGAUUACGGCUCGAUGCCAGAGAGCCACUUCCAGCGAAUAGUUAGAAGCAAAGAUGAAAACGCUAAGCUGCGUGAUCACAUAUGUAAAAACAUGGCCCCUCUUAUUCAAGCACGAAUGUGUAGGAUACCCACCAUACCUGGUUCCGAUUGGAGGGACUUACCGAACAUAUCAGUCACUCUUUCGGAUGGAACUAAAUGUAAGGUGUUGCAAUAUCGUUACGAAGACAAGAGGAACGGCCGAUCCUCGAGCGGGGCUCUCCGCGGCGUGUGUGCGUGUGCGGCGGGCGGCGCCUGUUCACCCGCAGAUAAGCAGGAGAACACUCUCAUCCCGUGGUGCUUGCCACAUACUGGCAACCGACAUAACAAUUGGGCUGGUCUCUAUGGCCGUCUAUGUUGGGAUGGAUACUUCAGUACUACGGUAACAGAUCCUGAGCCAAUGGGAAAGCAAGGUCGAAUACUCCAUCCAGAACAAAAUCGAGUCGUGUCCGUCCGAGAAUGCGCUCGUUCGCAGGGCUUUCCCGAUACGUAUAUAUUUGCUGGCUCCAUACAAGACAAACACAGACAGAUCGGUAAUGCUGUACCACCGCUACUGGGUGCAGCGCUGGGAAGAGAAAUCAAGAAAGCCUUAAGUGCCAGCACAGCUACAUGA